AUGAUAUUGAUGAAGAUGAUUUUAUUGACAUUCUGUUUCUAUUUGACACUAAAAUUGAAUCACAUUAGUGGACAACUAAAUGAACACACCAAUGUACAACAGAAUCAAACUAUCUCACAUAUUGUUUUUGAUGCAAAUGAAACUAAUCCGAUUGCCAAGAACAAUCAAUCAGAAAUGGAUGUUAUGAAUCUAGUGCAAAAUCAAUUGAAUUCAUCAUUAACAAACGAAAUUCCGAUGCCCUAUUUAUCAGUGACCACAUCGAAUGAUCACAGGUACGAUCAAAAUGUAAACGAAUCAAAUGUGAAAUAUGGAGGCGAAGAACAAGAAACAAAAUCACAUAUUGACAAUGAAAAGAAAAGGAAAUCACAACAAACACAACUUAUCAUAGAUUUCAGUGGAACAAAUGAGAAACGAUUAGCGUUCCAAAGACAAAUAUCGGAAGGAGAUGACAGAAAAUCUUCGAUUGUACAAAAUCAAGAGCAGAGUCCAAUAUCGAAAACAGAAAGGAAUAUCAGUGAAUUUCAAGUACAGCAAGGACAAGAUAUAGAAGAAAAAUUGCUCAAAGAAAUACAAUUAAAAACUACAAACGAAAAUAUAGACAAAGAAGUAAUAGCACAUAAAUUCACAAAGGAAAACAAUAUUCAAACAACACUACCAAAUAUAUUAUACACAAAAAAAAAUUCAGCAACACAAAAAUCACAACAAGUUACCGAUGUCGCGCAACUCACAACAGAACAAUUACUCGACAACGCACAAGUCAUGCCCAACAUCACCACCAUCAUCAACACUGAGACUACACUCACCACUGCACAAUCCACACAACCAACAUCUGCAUCUCCAACAUCACAACCAGUUACCGAUGUCGCGCAACUCACAACAGAACAAUUACUCGACAACGCACAAGUCAUGCCCAACAUCACCACCAUCAUCAACACUGAGACUACACUCACCACUGCACAAUCCACACAACCAACAUCUGCAUCACCAACAUCACAACCAGUUACCGAUGUCGCGCAACUCACAACAGAACAAUUACUCGACAACGCACAAGUCGUGCCCAACAUCACCACCAUCAUCAACACUGAGACUACACUCACCACUGCACAAUCCACACAACCAACAUCUGCAUCUCCAACAUCACAACCAGUUACCGAUGUCGCGCAACUCACAACAGAACAAUUACUCGACAACGCACAAUUACCGAUGUCGCGCAACUCACAACAGAACAAUUACUCGACAACGCACAAGUCGUGCCCAACAUCACCACCAUCAUCAACACUGAGACUACACUCACCACUGCACAAUCCACACAACCAACAUCUGCAUCACCCAACAUCACAACCAGUUACCGAUGUCGCGCAACUCACAACAGAACAAUUACUCGACAACGCACAAGUCAUGCCCAACAUCACCACCAUCAUCAACACUGAGACUACACUCACCACUGCACAAUCCACACAACCAACAUCUGCAUCUCCAACAUCACAACCAGUUACCGAUGUCGCGCAACUCACAACAGAACAAUUACUCGACAACGCACAAGUCAUGCCCAACAUCACCACCAUCAUCAACACUGAGACUACACUCACCACUGCACAAUCCACACAACCAACAUCUGCAUCACCAACAUCACAACCAGUUACCGAUGUCGCGCAACUCACAACAGAACAAUUACUCGACAACGCACAAGUCGUGCCCAACAUCACCACCAUCAUCAACACUGAGACUACACUCACCACUGCACAAUCCACACAACCAACAUCUGCAUCACCAACAUCACAACCAGUUACCGAUGUCGCGCAACUCACAACAGAACAAUUACUCGACAACGCACAAGUCAUGCCCAACAUCACCACCAUCAUCAACACUGAGACUACACUCACCACUGCACAAUCCACACAACCAACAUCUGCAUCUCCAACAUCACAACCAGUUACCGAUGUCGCGCAACUCACAACAGAACAAUUACUCGACAACGCACAAGUCAUGCCCAACAUCACCACCAUCAUCAACACUGAGACUACACUCACCACUGCACAAUCCACACAACCAACAUCUGCAUCACCAACAUCACAACCAGUUACCGAUGUCGCGCAACUCACAACAGAACAAUUACUCGACAACGCACAAGUCGUGCCCAACAUCACCACCAUCAUCAACACUGAGACUACACUCACCACUGCACAAUCCACACAACCAACAUCUGCAUCUCCAACAUCACAACCAGUUACCGAUACUAAUAAAAUGAAUUUUGAUUUAGUUUCCAGUGGAGCCAAUCCGUAA